AUGGAUCCUAUCUCCGCAUUCGGGUUGAUUUCUGGAGCUCUCCAGGUUGGGCAAGUUAUUACCGAAACACUUGCUGGCCUGGCUAGACUCCGUGAGAAAUAUCAACAUGCCGACCUUACGAUUGGGGCGCUCGAACAACAAGUGAGAACAAUCAGGGCUGCGAUUACACAAUUGGAGAAUUGGACAAGAAUUAGACUCCGUGAGUCCCCAGCGGAAUACAAGUCGAGCCUGGAGGUUUCGCUCGAGGGCUGUCAGAUUGUCAUGGACGCCCUCGCCGAAGAGGUUCGGGUUUUGACACAGGGUGCAUCAGCGAAUGACAAUGGGAUCGGAUUCCGACUUCGUAUGAGAGUUGUAUGGAGAGAAGAUGUAAUGAGAGGGCAUCAGGACCGGCUUCAGUCCCAAGUGAUUGCGCUUCAACUGCUGGUGCAAGCCUGUCAAUGCCAAUCAUUUGCAGAGGAAGUUGAACUCCUGCGUAAAACAGAAAACCGACGCAUUAUAUGGAAAGUUGCCGACGAUGCCGCGACCCUUCGCUCCUCAACCAGGUAUGCGGGCUCUCGAGCCGGCACCUCUUCCAGCUUGAGCCAACGUGCAUCAACGACGGGCGACACUGUCUUCGAUUUUGAUAGCACUCUGGCUUCCACUUUGGCAUACCAGCGUGUGCCGCAAUAUCCAUACCUGAGACCGGAAGCGUCAACGAUCACGAAUAAUGAUAACCAAAGCCACACGACCGACGAGGGUUAUGGCAGUGGAGCAACGACUAACGCAACAGUAUCUCGGAUGGGGAGUUUAGUAUUGCCUAGCCACCCUUCGGGUGCAAUUAGUCCACCGAUUGGUCACAGCAAUAGUAUGGCAUUGAGCCCUACCACCAGGACACCGACUUCAAACUUCACACGGCGGUCUAAAUCCGACUCUGCCAAAGCUCCCCUGCACAAUGUAAAGCCAGGGUCAGCACGUGAAGCGAUACAGUCUGUGUUUCGGCGACUCAGUCAAUCGAGCAAGAGAUCAAAAUCGUCCCCGCAGGCCCCAACGCGAAGCCCGACGGACGGGCCGGUACAUACUCGGCGCCGCACACACGACAGAGAUAUCAACACCAGCAUUGAUCUGGGGACCGCAGAUGGGGCAAAUGCUCCUCUCAUUGUUAAAACAGCUCAGACGAGCUCUUGGUCUGAUGUUGAGAAACUGAUUGAAAGGGGAUGUGACUUGGAAUCGAGGCACUUUCAAACCCGGCGAACCGCACUUCUUGUUGCAGCACAUUGUGGAAAUGAGGCAGUAGUGGAUCUCUUGACCCGCAAGAACGCACGUCUAGAUGCGGUUGAUAAGUCGGGGUCAACAGCCCUACACCUUGCAGCUUCGCGUGGCCACUGUCGGGUUCUCGAACUACUCGUCCUUUCGAAAGGCAUAAACAUUGAAUCACGAGACUCUAAAGGACGAACGGCUCUUUGGAUUGCAGCUGAAAGAGGUGAAGCAGAGGCCACAGAAUUACUUCUCGUUUCCAACGUGAAGGUUAACGCACGCGCAGACGCGCAGAUGACUGCUCUCCACAUAGCAGCCAAACAGGGUGAUGAAGUUAUUGUUAAGCUCCUAGUCAGCAGAGGUGCCGACCUAGAAGCUAAAGACGCGGCGAUGAUGACAGCGCUACAUUAUGCUUGCGAGGAGGGCCACAUUAGCGUAAUGGAAACGCUCCUUGAUAACAAAGUGAAUAUUGAUAUCCCUGGCUGCGACAUGAAAACGCCACUCAUUUGCGCAGCUGCUGCUGGUGGGCUUUCAGCAACUAAGUUGCUUUUAAAGAGAAAAGCCUCUAGUCGAUGCGCUGACGAUGCUGGUCUGACUGCGCUACAUUGGGCUGCAUAUAAUGGACAUACAGAAAUUGUGGAGAUACUCAGCAGUAGGAAAAGCUCCCUGACUACUGUGGAUUCCACAAGCCGAACAGCCCUUCAUUCAGCAUGUAUGAACUCGCAAUUUGCCGUCGUGGAGCUUCUUCUUCGAAAGCAUGUACCUUUAGAGGUGAAAUGCCAGGCUGGACUCACGGCACUUCAUUACGCAUGUCUUGCUAAUAGUGUCGAAAUUUCAAAAUUAUUGCUCAUGUCAAGUGCUGACAUCGAGGCUCCGAUAGAGGCACAACUCCAUAGGCGCCCUGCGCAUAUUGCAGCUAUCCAAGGCUCAAUGGGACUUCUAAACCUGCUCUGCGACAAAGGCGCCAAUAUAGAGGCUCGGGACUCUUUAGGAUACCGGGCGCUUGGAGCAGCAAGCCGGGCCGGUCAUGCUGCUGCUGUUCAGAACCUACUCGACCGCGGAUCACCCGUACACCUUCCACCACCCGAUACAUGGGGCCGAGAGGAUUCUCCUUUGUGUCUUGCUGCAGCUGGAGGACACCUCCCGGUCGUCUCUCUUCUUCUAGAGCGCGGUGCGUCUGUGUUAAAACUGGACGAACAAGACUGGUAUCCAUACCAACAUGCGGUAUAUCAUGGCAAUCUGCGCGUUCUCGAGCUCCUUCUCCCCCGAACUCUGGCUGGUGUAGCACCAGGUACCUUAGACUCAAAACUUGAACCGGAUGCUAUCGGAUUCGCUCCAGCUGCAGACAUAUCAGAGGAGCGCAAAAGAGAGGUUUUGGGAUUGCUACACCGAGCACGGCAUCAACCGGAAUCUUUUGCGCGAAGUACAGCGAUCCCAAAUACCUCUUCAUAUAUACCAGAAAUGCACCGAGUGACCCAGAGCACUGUUGCAGGGAAUGGAGGAGCUGGCUCCGCGUAUUUUACAUCACCUGCGGCGAUAAUUCCAGAGAGGGAAGUCAGAGCCAACUCUGCUCAAGAGCUCCCAGGCUCAUUAGAACAAGGAUUGCCCGUUAGCCGAUCUCAGACACCGGAGCACAUGCAUCGUCCACCCAAUAGUGAAGAACAAGCGCUUUCACUUCUAACGCUGAGGACAGCAUUGGAGCGAAACCCAGCAUUGCACUCUAGGCACAAUCAACAAGCGCCUUUUGUUUGGGAGCCCCAGCAGUCGCCAACUCCCCCAAGGCCGCCGUUGAGCCAUCCAACCCCUGUUCGUGAACAGGCCAUCCAACCCGACGGACUACUCCUCAGAAACGGAGACCUGUUCGGAGAGCGCUUCAUCGACACCCCAGUAUCCAUAGUUGACGAAAGGUCAACCUCAGCUAGGGAAGGGCCUCCUUCUCGCAACGAAGGCCUGGAGAGCCGGAGUGAUAAUAGAGUACAGCCACCAACUUUCACUUUGGCGUCAGGACGUGAUUCGGAUUCGGAUUCGGUAGCUUCAUUUUCCACUGCCUCGGAAGGUGCCGAGUUUAGGCCGCAGAAUAUAGUUGAGCUUCCAGCUUAA